UUUAACAAUGUGGUACUUCAACGGUAAAAAUUGGGUAUUCUGAAAUAAUAGCACUGUGCAUGUCAUAAUCUUGUCAACAGAACUUAUUGCAUUAAUAUAGUUAGCAAACAAAGUAGUAACCCUGCCCUCUUUCUCUUAAAUGGCUUCAGCAGAACUCUUCCUGUGGCCAACAACCAAUCUUUAGCAUCAGCCUGAGAAAAGUUUCCCUCUCUUCUAACUCUCAGCUGUAAAAUGUUGGAGGGGUUUAUCGCAUUUACAACACCUAGAAGAGACCAAGAUCUCAACUCUGACUUGGUUCAGGACUUUAAAGUCCAAAUUUUGUACCGUCUGUGAAGCAUGGAGGUGGAAAAACUAAUUUUUGUAGAUACAUUUUGUUAAGUAAAACAAGAUUAACUUUUGUGUUCUAACUGCAAUUAAAUACAUGUUGCCAAAAGAAAAGCAAAAAGGAAAGUAAUUAACACGUCAGUAUGUAAAUAUUUCUUCAUGAAGAACUGAAUACAGUAUUUCAAAGGGAACUGAUAUUUUCUCAAGAGUGGUUCCAGUCCCCUUUGGCGUUGCUGCCCUCUGCUGGUUAUUCUGUGUCAGUGGCUGUUUGAAAGAACCGAUACCAACUGGUUUCUCCAUCUUCACUCUGAUGAUUGGUGGCUAAAAUAUCUUUAAUUGAUAUCAAAUUUGGGACAGAACAGCAUAAAGUGCAAAUCAAUGAAGAAAUAACCAUGAAGUCAGAUUAUAAAGAUAGCAUGACAGCACUAGUAUCAAAAUACACGUUUAAAAGUUCAGAAACCCGAUACCUUUGAAAAAGCUGAAAAUGUAAGCAAGAAAUUAUUAAUUUUUAAAAUGUGUGUUUCUAUCAGUAUAUGUGUAGUAUGGCAGAACAGGAAGCAAUAAUGAAAUUUGUCAACAAAACAAAUGGUUAAAUGGUUUGCUUCUAAAUUGAUCUAAUAUUUUCCUUUUUAGCUUCAAUUGCAUGGCUGAAAGAAAACAGCAUUACAAUCUCUUUUAAGUACCAAAAAAUAGUGGCAUAUUUGGGUCCUUACUACUGGACAAAUUUUGCCAUUCACAUUGGCAGGAGCUGUUCUGUCACUGACUUAAUUACUGACAGGCUGCACCUUGGGAGGCAGCUGAUUGUUAGUUGCUUUGUGGACAAAUGGUGUCAUAAAAGGUUGGGCAGAGGACAGAGUUUCAUGGUGCAUGUCUGGUGAAAAACAAGUGGCUCACUUGUGCUUGUAUUGGUCAGUAGGUGUAGUUUGUUAGCUGUUAAGCUAGCGUUAGACACCAAUACAUCAACAGCUAUGACUUUCAAGAUGAUGUUUAGUGUGGCAUUACUCCUGUCUUUGUGGUCCACUGCAGGAUGUGACUUCUUUGUGGAAGGUGUUCUUCGACUAGAAUGUCAUGAUCGUUACUUCAUGAUAGCUGUUGACCUUGCUGCCACUGGAGAAGUUCCUCGCUUUGAGGCUGUAGAUGGAACUGGAACGUAUGCCAUCACUGAGCAUUAUGCAGCAAAAUGUGGUUACAGUAUCAGUAUUCUCUCUCUCCUGGGCCUUGUAGAGCUCAGGGCAUCCUACUUCAGUUGUCAUACUGAGAAGGGUGCUGACUUUUCAUUCAGAUUUAACCUGAUAACUUCCUAUAAAGGAGUAGAUGCUUACUAUGCACUCAAUAAGACCUGUUCACCCCCUCUGCCCUGGUCACCCAGAGAGGUCACCUGUGAGGUCAACUACAUGGAGGUAUCUGUAAGGAAUGAACUUCCCUGCCAAUCUGGGUUAAGUGACAGCUGGAGCACCGUCGGCCCUCUGUACAGUCCCUCCACUGAAGACUGGCAGGUGACUUUUCAAAAUCCAGAUGAGCGGUUGCCACCCAUGAACCUGUCUCAAGCCCGACAGCAGGGCUACAUAUUUGAUCUUGUCCAUGACAGGAUUGUGUUUCGUACACCGUAUGGUCAACCUGACUCCUAUCGUACUGAGGUGACUGGGGUUCCAGUAGAAGUGGUCCAUGCAACAGUGUUUUCACGGAAAAGCUGGGUUUUCGUUAUGGUUGACCUGAUUGCUGCUUGCUCCAAGGAUGAAGGGUCAUAUGACAGUGGCUAUAUGAUCUGGGGCACUCCAGAAGCACUCUAUCCCAGUCUUGGCAAAACACAGAUUAGUUUUGGCCUCAAUGGCAACCUUGUGGAGCAGGCUGCUGCGGUACAGAAGGGAUUUAUUAUGAAAAGGUAUAACUCGACUGUCCAAAUUGGGAUCCCUUAUAAUGCUGAAGGAGGCUACAGGAAGAGCUUUGUGAGUGAUGGCCUCUUUGAGUUCUACAUCUUCGACCUCUACUUGAAACAAACGUCGGUGGAUGAACGCCAUGAAGAGACCGUGCUGUGGUUUCACAGGAAUCUUGUUACACCCCUCCUGUCAUCUCCACUCGUCACUGAAGACCAAACUGAUGUAGAAGAUGGCACAUUCUCAAUCAAUCUAGGCAAAGUUCCCAGAGAUGUUGAGCUGACCUCUGUUCAGCUGAAUGGGCAGGAAUUUGCACUGCCCUUCAGUGACUCCAUCGCAUACACCCUUACAGAAGUCAGACAUUCCAACCAAAGCCACAGCUACACUCUGAAGGUGCCAUUGCAUGACCCAAUUGUAAUCCAGGAGUUCUCCAAAGAGAAUGCAGCCAUGUUGCACAAACUGGACAUAAACUACACCCUGAUUGUCACACCUGGAGACGAGCCAUACUACCACACCAUCUCAGUCACAGCACUAAUGGCUGUCUCUCCUCCAUCUUUUGAUGUGGUCUGUACGGAGUCUGGGAUUGACUUCAAGUUGGCUUAUCGCUCUUUUGACUACCUGUGGGAUUUCGCGAUUGGCUCAGAUCGACUAACCCCAGCUCUGGCAGCCAACCGUGGCUACACCAUGAGCAAUGACAGUCAAAGUCUGCUGCUCAGUGUUCCACUGUUCACACAUGGAUACAAAUACACGGAUAUUGGUUUGAAAGGCUUUCUCGGGACAUUUACAAUCCUUGUGAGGGAUCGUGAAACUGCUGACAUCUUGACUUCCACAAUCAAGACGUGCCUGUUUAAUACCACAGAGUUCAUUAUGUGUUCAACUAAUGGGUGGAUGACAGUGGUGGUUGAUCUGUCUGCUGUUCCAAGUGACGAGAGGCCAGCACACUUCCAUCUCGUGAACAGCCUCUGUGUACCCAAAGAAGUAGAUGGCGCACGAGUGCUCUUCUCAUUUCCACUUCACAGUUGUGGUUCCACUGUUAAGUUGGCAAAGGAAAACGUGACUUAUCAAAACAAGAUUUACUUUGACACUUCUGAGAACGCUGUUGAAGGAAUGACCGUGCAGUGCAUGUACCCUCUAGCUAGUCUCCACCGACUCUUCUCUAGCCACAAAUUUGAAUCUGACGAAGAAGGUGUUGGCAACAUAAUCCCUUUUGUGGAAACUACAAAAGCUGUUCCAGCUACUGUGACUCCAACUAAAAUUACAACCACAGUUGCUCCCCAAAUAACCAGAAGUCCCAGCUUGCACCGGCCUCCUUUCUACCCUACUGCUCGUUACAUCAAAGUUUACAGGGUUCAUAACCAACCUGGCCAGUUCAGUAAAGGGCCUAAGGGAAACUUGCAAGUGAAGAACCUUCUUCAUUAUGCUUGAGGAUGUGUAUAAUUUUUACUGUUUCAUUGAAUAAAGCUUUAAGUACUGUUGAGUA